AUGAAACCAUGCCGUCCAAAAUUGGCUGCAAAAUAUAUUGAUCGUCUGAAAACGACGAACAGUAUAGAAAAUCGUUUGAAAUCAAUCAUUGAAACAGUAACCGGUGAAACAUUAUCAACCGACAAUGACAUCGGAUUUUUAACCAACGGUGGUAAUUCGUUAACAGCUAUACGUUUAUCUCGCAUGAUUCGUGAAGAUCUUGGUGUCAGUCUCCCAGUGAAUGUUUUAUUUGAACCAGAUAUGAAUCUAAAACGUUUAACAGAACUGGCUCGAAAUCCUACAUUUACAUCGGAAGAUUCCAUUAUUAGUCGAAUGCUACAUGACGCAGCACUUGAACCUACGGGUAUUGCUGGAAAAACAAUAAAAACAGUGAAUUCUCCAUCGCUAGUUUUCAUAACUGGCACAACAGGAUUCGUCGGUGCAUUCUUACUUGCAGAAUUAUUUCGAAAGUAUCCUGUUCAUUGUAAAUUCGUAUGUUUAGUUCGAUGUUUAGCAUCCGUCGAUCCGAUGAGUCGAAUUCGGGAGAAUCUCCGUUUUCUUCAUUUAUGGCAAGACCAAUAUUAUGAACGCAUCGUGCCUCUUCGUGGUGAUCUUGCCCAAUCGAAAUUUGGGCUUGAUGAUGCAACGUACGAUGCGCUCGCCCAACAAACAGAUGUUAUUUUUAGUUGUGGUGCGUCAGUAAAUUUCGUCCUUCCCUACAAUCAACUCUACGGAUCAAAUGUUUGUGGUACUCGCGAAAUGAUUCGUUUAGCGACUCAUACAUCCUACCUUAUUCCUGUACAGUAUAUUUCCACUAUUAGUGCCUUACCGUCAGAGAUUGUGGACGAAGUACACAUCGAUCAGAUUGCGCCUAAUGGUUUAACCAAUGGUUAUGGACAAACGAAAUGGGUAGCAGAGAAACUAAUGGCUAAAGCUCAACAUCACGGUUUGCCCGUUGUUAUCUACCGUUUAGGUUCGAUGUGUAGUGAUAGUACCACUGGAGCAUGCAAUCCCUACGAUAUCAAUACGAUUAUAGUCGCUGCUAGUCUGAAGACUCAUUGUUACCCAGUGGGGUCUUUGAAUAGGAAAUUAUAUACACUACCCGUCGACUUUGCUGUAAAAAGUAUUGUUCAUCUAAGUAUGACUCGUUCGGAUAUUUACGGGAAUGUUUAUCAUGUUCUGCAUCCGAAUGGUGGAGUACCAUUCGAGAGUGUCGUUGUCAGUGCCGAUAAAGGUCAUAUAAAAAUGAAUGAAGUUUCUCUUGAAGAAUGGAGAUCAAGACUCGUCAAACAGACAGUAUCUAAUCGUUCACUGGAAUCACUUGUUGACUUUCCAUUAGGCAAUUUAUUUAUCCAUGAAUCUCCUCUAUCAUCCAAACAAUUCUAUACCAUCGUCUCUGAACAAGAUAUUCCAACCAUGGAUGAUACAUAUGUUACCAAAUGGCUGACAUUUAUCCUCGAACAUGUCAUACAUCAAUAA